AUGGUUGAUAAGUUAUUCGACACUUUUAAUGGACACAGUUAUCAAAAUUCAGAAAAAAUGUACAAGCGUGCACUAAGACAGAACUCGCCACAUUUUAAAUUGUGGGACGAUUUACUUCCAGUUUUAAAAUCAAUGAGAUUUAAAGUGGAGAAAAAGUUACAGGAUGGAACGAUUUCGACGAAAUUUGAACAAGUACCAAGUCUCAGGAACUGGAUUUCAAAUAUUAAUGUGUAUAAAGAAAUGUUUAAAUAUUUAAAAGAAACACACAAUGUAAGUAGUCUGUUGACAAGAAACAUUAACCAGGAUCCAUUGGAAAAUUUCUUUUGCAACAUAAGGAGUAAUGGUGUCAGAAAUACGUCUUCAACUUCGUUGGUGCAUUUAAAACUUUGCUUAUAA